AUGUUUACAAAAUUUAAAGAGAAUCUAAGAAAGAUAGAUAUUUUUGGAUAAUCCAUAACACUCAGCUUUCGUUAAGAGGAAGAAUACAGAACUAGUUUAGGUGGAAUACUUUCUUUAUGCAUUAUUGGCACUAUUAUCAGUUUUUUUUACUCGAAUAUUAUUGACUUUUUUUAAAAAAACACAGUAUCAUCUGAAUCAGAACAGUAAUUUAGUGAAGAUCCAAGCGCAAUUAAGCUAUUACCAAAUAAUUUUAUGUUCGCUGUUCAAAUUGAAUAAGACAAUUUUACUACAACCCCUUAUUUUAAUAUCACUGUGGAAUAGAGGGCAUAUAUCAGAGAUGAAAAUGGGACCUAGAAAAAGAUGCCUUCUGUUUAUGUGGAUUUAGUCCCUUGUACGAUUGAACAUUUUAAGCCUAUAUUCGAUUAAUACAAUGCGUCAUUUGAAGAUCAGUUUAAGCAAUAUAAUUUAAACAAUUUCUUGUGUCCAAAUUUAGAUCAUCCUUUGACAUCUAAUUUGACAGUUGGAGGGGCAUGGACAAGUAAAGAAUAUUCGUUCUUAAAAUUUUCUGUUACCAAAUGUAAGAGCAAUUCCGGAAAUAACUUUUCCUGGAAACCAGAAUGUAAGACUGAAGAGGAAAUGUUAUAAUUAUUAAAAUCUGUUGGCAGCUUUAGAUUUUAGGUAUAUACCACCAAUUAUUAAUAGUUAAUUAAUCCUGGAUCACCAAAGCAUUUUAUUCAACCUUACAUAGCCAUAGAAUAAUUUUAUUCAUUUGUUCCGAAUGCUAUGUUUGUUCAAUCAGAUAUUUUCCUUCGGCCUAGAACAAUCACAACAGACGAUGGAAUACUGAUGUAUCCCUAGAAAUCCACUUAAACAUAUAUAACCAGAGAUUAUAUGGAUAACAGAGAGCAAUAAGCAAUUUCAAAUUUAGUGCCUGGAUAUUAUGGUGCUUUCUAUUUUAAUAGGAGUCCAUACUCUUAUGAUAUUACUAGAAAUUUUAUGAGAUUGGAUGAACUUCUAAGUAAUUUAGGGGGGUUUUCACAAUUUAUGAUUGCAGUAAUCGGCGUUCUAAUUAAAAUUUACAAUCGUGAACACAUGGUCAUAGAAAUGGCAAACGACCUAUAUGAAUUUGAUCUUAACAAAAAAAGAAAUAACACUAUGGAAGCAAACAACGCUUUAUUAGCAUCCACUUAAAGAGGAAGGGAAGCCUUAAAACGAUCAAUGCAUAAAAUCAAAGGGGAUUCUUCUAUUUAAAUUAAGAGUAUGUCAACUUUUAAUUAGAAACCUAUGAUGGGAUAGUUUUUAUCUCCAAGAAGUAUUGAGAAACAGGAGAGUCUCAAAUUGAAGGAAGGCAUAACUUCUCAUCGAUCAAGUAAACUAAAAAGAGUAAGUUAAUUAAAGGUUCAAUGCUCUGCUAUUUUUGACUAAUUCAAAUAAUUAAUGGUUGCUAGUUAACAUAUUGGGAUUAGUAUAAAGUUGAUAUUGAGUCAAAUUAUGCCCUUUGAAUGCAUUUAAUCAGAUGAGUGCGUGGUAUUAAAGAAAGCUAUAGCUUAAGUGAAUAAAGAAUUAGAUAUAUAAUACAUCAUUAGGUAGUUGCAUGAGAUGGUAAAGUUAAAGAGAGUUAUUUUCAAUUCUGAUUAAAUUACAUUGUUUAAUUUUAGUCAUAGACCAACAAUCAGUUUGAUUAGAGAUAAGAGAAAUAGAAAAUCGACAGUACUCAAACAAAUAUUGGAUAGUCCCAGUCAUGAAAUAGUUUUAUCUCAACUAUUUACUGAUCUUGUUAAUUCAUAUUAAAAAUUGGUAGGAUUGGAUGAUUAAGUAUUGUCAGAUGAACAAAUUCGAUUCAAUUAGAGAUUAAUAUCACUUUUGGGAUAAAAAUUACCACAUUUAUUGGAGAAGGAAUUAGCAUAAGCUUCUGAAGAUGAUUCUAACGAGGAUGAUCCAAAACCUGAAGAUAUUAUCAGUCGAUCCAGUUGAUUUAAUAUUUUUGUUUAUGUAUAGAGGAGCAUAUUUGCUUAA